GUAAAUGGGCCCCCCCGCGGUCAAACCUCCGCCUGCAACACCGCAUCUAUCUCCCUCUCUCUAUCUUCCCCCCACCGCCGGCGCCACCCAUUUGCCCGCCCUCACUCUCUACAUCAAAUACAGAGGACGGCCCAAGGAAUCCUCAUCAUCUCCUCUUCAGCCAUGGUUUUCUCUGCUCUAGCUGUCUCGGCGACCGCUCUGCCCAAGGUUUCCUUCCCAAGGCUCACUUCUCCCACUCUCAGUCCUGGUAGUAGUCGCCGCCGCGCCAUCCGCUGCAGCGCCGGCUCCACGGUUUCACCGAAAUUUGAUCUCAAGACGUAUUGGACGUCGCUCAUUAAAGAAAUUGAUGAUAAGCUCGACCAAGCGAUACCGGUCAAGUACCCGGAGCAGAUCUACGAGGCCAUGCGCUACUCGGUCUUGGCGGACGGCGCUAAGAGAGCACCGCCGGUUAUGUGCGUUGCAGCUUGUGAACUCUUUGGUGUCAGUCGCGCUGCCGCCUUCCCCACAGCUUGCGCGCUUGAAAUGGUCCACGCCGCUUCAUUAAUCCACGACGACUUGCCAUACAUGGAUGACGACGCUUCACGAAGAGGUCAGCCAUCCAACCACACAGUCUUUGGCGUGGACAUGGCGAUACUGGCAGGCGAUGCAUUGUUCCCACUUGGUUUUCGCCACAUAGUUUCACAGACUCCAAAAGGCCUCGUCCCAGACACUCGCCUCCUACGAGUCAUAGCCGAGAUCGCAAGAGCUGUAGGAUCCACAGGCAUGGCUGCAGGCCAAUUCUAUGACCUCGAGGGUGGACCAAAUGCAGUCGACUUCAUCCAAGAAAAGAAGUUUGGUGAAAUGGGGCAGUUGUCUGCUGUUUGCGGGGGGCUGCUAGGGGGCGCCUCGGACAAUGAGAUAGAGAGCCUGAGGAAAUACGGUCGAGCAGUCGGUGUCUUGUAUCAAGUGGUGGAUGACAUCUUGGAAGCCAAAAUGAUCACUGAGGGUAAGGUCAAGAAGAAAAGCUAUGUAAAUGUAUACGGCGUAGAGAAAGCAAUGCAGAUGGCGGAGAAUCUAAGAACCGAGGCUAAGGAAGCGCUAAAUGUGUUCGACAGAUAUGGAGACAAGCUUGUGCCAUUGUACAGCUUUGUAGAUUUUGCUGCUGAUAGAGGCUUUACGCUCUAGGAUGAACUAACUUAUCGACCAGCGAGUAUCAAACUUUAUAUGCAUGUAUGUGUACCUACCUAAGUUUAUAUAUGUUCUUUGUCAAGACGAAUCAUCACAUUUGCAUUACAAGAGAGGACAAGAUGGAAUAAGUCUAGAUCUGUUCAUCGACAAGGCUUGUAAACAGCUAUCCCUGUCCUAUUUGGACUGCAACAAAUUUAAGGUAAUAUUUAGAACAAGUGUGUUUCAGUCGA